AUGGAUAAUCACAGAGUAAUCUACUCAAAACUGAAUUUGCCCCAAAACCUGAAGAACCAGGAGAGAAACUCUAAGAGCAAUAAAAGCUCCAUUUUAGUAACUGAACAGGAAAUAACCUAUGCGGAAUUAAGCCUUCAAACUGCUUCUCAGGAUCUUCUAGACAAUGACAAAACUUGCCACAGCAAAGCUACAGCAACACAGAAGCAGACCAAUUCUUUCCAAAAUGAAAGCAACCAGAAAUCAUAUAAUUGUAGUUGUCCAGAGGAAUGGUUUACAUAUUCCAACAGCUGUUAUUACAUUGGAAAGGAAACAAAAACUUGGGAGGAGAGUAUGAUGGCCUGUGCUUCUAUGAACUCCAGUCUGCUUUAUAUAGAUGAUGAAGAAGAAAUGAAACUUCUGGCCUCUCUCGUACGUGAAGCAUGGAUUGGAGUCUCCCGUAACAGUAGUGAUCAUUCAUGGGUGUCAAUAAAGGGCUCAGUGUUCAAACAUAA